AUAAUGUUGACAGGUUGCACCAAAACAAUUUAGAUAAUUAUUGUCAUUUGCGAAAUUUGUUAAAAUUAUUUUAUAAAAAUGGACGUAUUUAACAAAGUAAUUAACCAAGUUAGUAGUUCUGUUCAUAGUACGGUAUCCCAGUUAUCAGGAGUUUUACCAGGUAAUCCAGUAACCAGAGAAUUUGAGUCUUCUGCACACAUUGCCUCUGCAGGUCCAGGGUUGCUUUGGAAAAUUUAUAAAGGAAGUAAACGAUCUACUAGACAAGAAGCUUCAAUAUUUGUAUUUGAAAAGCGUCAGCUAGAUAGAUACAGUAAAACAGAUAGGGAGUUAAUUUUAGAGGUGCUGAGAAGAGGAGUAGUACAGUUAACAAAGAUACGCCAUCCGAAAAUUCUGACAGUUCAACACCCUUUAGAAGAAAGUAGAGACAGUUUGGCAUUUGCUGCUGAACCAGUAUUUGCUAGUCUAGCAAAUGUCCUGGGACAAACAACCAACAUGCCUCAACCAGCAAAUAUGUCAGACUAUAAAUUAUUUGAUAUAGAAAUUAAGUAUGGAGUACUACAAUUAACUGAAGGUUUAGCCUUUCUACACAAUGAUGUUAAACUUCUUCAUAAGAAUAUCAGUCCAGAAAGUGUAAUAAUUAAUACACAAGGGGCGUGGAAGGUUUUUGGCUUUGAUUUUUGUGUGAUUAAUACUAAUCCUGCAAAUAUGCCUCCUAGUUAUGUAUUUGAAGAAUACAGUGCUACUGUACCACCAGUUUGUCAACCAAACUUGGACUACCUAGCUCCAGAACAUGUAUUGUCUUUGGUACAAUCCCAAGCUAGUGAUAUGUUUUCUCUAGGAAUGUUGAUCUAUACAUUAUACUCCCCAGAUAGGAAAUGUUUUAAACCAGUUAGGGAUCUUCAGCAAUUCAGAGCAAGAGCCCAAGAGUUGAAGAAAUUUACUACAGGAAAGAUCCAAUUUGUUCCAGAAGAACUGAGGGAGUUUAUCAAAUUGCUGCUAAAUGUUACUUCAGAAGUUAGACCAGAUGCUCAUCAGUUUGUUAAGAUCCCAUUUUUUCAUGACAUUGGCAUAAAAACUCUCACAUAUCUAGAUUCUGUUCUACAAUGGGACAAUCUUCAAAAAUCACAGUUUUAUAAAGGACUGCCAGAGGCUUUGACCAAACUACCUCACCGAGUGAAGCUUCAAAGGGUGGUAGCUUGUCUAGCCCAUGAUCUAGGUCAAUCUGCAAUGGUGCCUUUUAUUUUACCCAGUUUACUAGAAAUUGCGCAAGGCUGCACACAAAAGGAAUAUUGUAGUUAUAUUUUGCCACUGAUUAAGCCUCUUAUGACUCUUUUGGAGCCUGUUCAGGUAUUAUUAAUAAUGCUACAAAAUAUGGAACUACUGUUAAAACUUACUCCUGCUGAGGAUAUCCAGCGCCAUGUACUACCAAUGCUGUACAGAGGUCUUGACUCUGAUACGCCCCAAAUUCAUGAACUUUGUCUAUCAGUUCUACCAACAUUUGCUGGUCUUUUAGACCAUUCAAAUGUCAAGAACAGUCUCUUACCUCGCAUCAAGAAACUUUGCCUUAACACUUCUACACUCUCUGUUAGAGUGAAUUGUUUACUUUGUGUUGGUAGGUUAUUGGAGCAUCUUGAUAAAUGGUUAGUGCUUGAUGAAGUAUUACCUUUUUUACCACAGAUACCCUCAAGGGAACCAGCUGUCUUAAUGGGUAUUUUGGGUAUUUAUAAGCUUGCCUUAAAUCACAAAAAGUUAGGCAUUACAAAAGAAAUAAUAGCUUCUAGGGUACUACCAUUCCUGAUCCCUCUAUGUAUAGAAAAUGGACUAACAAUCCCCCAGUUCAAUGCUUUGACUGCUCUGGUCAAAGAUAUGUUCCAGAUAGUAGAAACUGAACACAGAACGAAAUUAGAACAGCUUAAUUCAGUCAAAGAUGAGCAGAAAACACUGGCUAGCACUACACCAAUUGUAAUGCCAAAGUCCAAGCCCAUAGAAUUAGAUUCUGCAUUCUCUGGAUUGGGUCUAGAUAACUAUGUGCCUGGUAUGAGUCUGAAGCAAAAGCAACAGUUGGCCCAACAACAAGAUUCUUUAAAAGUGUUUAGCAGUCAACCUAGUAUAGAACCUAAAAAGGUUGAUAAUACUCCUAAGAGUGUCACUAAAGAUUUAUCUUCGUCUUUGCUUGAUGAUUGGGUCAGUAGCACUCCAACAAGUUCUAAAAAGCAAUCUUUUAAUACUUCUAAUACACAUAAUCUGAGCCCAACUGACCAAACUUCGAAAAACAGUCCCUCUAAUACAUCUACAUUUAUUGGAAACACUGGAAAUAGUCAAACUGGGCUUAUGUCUCCAAAUUCUAACACCCAAUGGCAAAUGGGCAAACCAAACAACUCCACAACACCAAAUUAUUCUCCUUUUACUACGCAAAAUCAAAAUUUCAUGAACAACAAUCUAAAUACAGCCGGUUCCAAUCCAUGGUCAAGUUCUCAUAAAGCUAUAAGUUACAAUAGACCUGACAAUUCUCAAAAUUGGAGUGCUUUCGAUAAUCUCCUCCCAGGUACCAACACUAAUAUUAACACAGGUAAAGUACCUAUGAAUAAAAUGAUGUCUCAUAAUGUACCCUUGCUGCCAAGUUCAAAUACAAAUAGUGGAGCAAAGUCAGCUGGUUUGUCUAAUGAUGAUAUUAUGGAUCUUUUAAGUUAAAAUAAAUGUUUUUUGGUGGUAUAUAAUGUAUAGAUAAUUUUCUUUUAGGCCCCUUGCACAUUUUCAAUGACAUUUCUGUCGUCUGAGUAUAAUCAACUGCUUAUAUACACAUUUGGAAUUUUAUUUACUGAACAUAGGAUUUUUAAUUCAAUUACUAAGAUUCCCUGAUAUGCAAUUAACCAGUGUAAAAUUCUAUAAUAAUGUUGCAAUGUUUUAUAACUAAUUUAUUUGUUCCACUCGAUUGCCUCUCCUCUGUGGUUUGUAGUAGCGUUUGUGGCACGUCGACAGUGUUGCCCCGUCUACCGAUUUUUCCUGAAAGUUCGGUUUUGUGGAGA